GCACUAGCUCCCCCUUUCCUCCAUUACACAGACUGGGGAAACUGAGGAGGUGACAGAUUGACGGGCGCCGCGCGGGUCGGGGGCAAGACCGGCCUCGCCAGCCUUCCAGCCUGAUCCGGCCUCUCCCGACCACUUUCCCGGGGUACGAUGGCAGAGAAGGUGCUGGUAACAGGCGGGGCUGGCUACAUCGGAAGUCACACGGUUUUGGAGCUGCUCGAGGCAGGCUACUCACCCGUGGUCAUCGACAACUUCCAUAAUGCCAUCCGUGCAGGUAAAGGCGCCAUGCCUGAGAGCCUGCGGCGGGUGCAGGAGCUGACAGGACGUUCGGUGGAGUUUGAGGAGAUGGACAUCUUGGACCAGGCGGCCUUACAGCAGCUCUUCAAGAAGCACAGCUUUAUGGCAGUCAUCCACUUUGCGGGGCUCAAGGCUGUGGGCGAGUCAGUGCAGAAGCCUCUGGAUUAUUACAGAGUUAACCUGACAGGGACCAUCCAGCUCCUGGAGGUCAUGAAGGCCCAUGGGGUGAAGAACCUGGUGUUCAGCAGCUCGGCCACCGUGUACGGGAACCCCCAGUACCUGCCCCUGGAUGAGGCCCAUCCCACGGGGGGCUGUACCAACCCCUACGGCAAGUCCAAAUUCUUCAUUGAGGAAAUGAUCCGGGACCUGUGCCAGGCAGACCAGGCCUGGAACGCAGUGCUGCUGCGGUAUUUCAACCCCACGGGUGCCCAUGCCUCGGGCUGCAUUGGGGAGGAUCCCCAGGGCAUCCCCAACAACCUCAUGCCCUAUGUCUCCCAGGUGGCCAUCGGCCGACGGGAGGCACUGAAUGUCUUUGGCAACGACUAUAACACGGAAGAUGGCACAGGUGUCCGGGAUUAUAUUCAUGUCGUGGAUCUGGCCAAGGGCCACAUCGCAGCUUUGAAGAAGCUGAAAGAGCAAUGUGGCUGCCGGAUCUACAAUCUGGGCACAGGCACAGGCUACUCGGUGCUACAGAUGGUCCAGGCCAUGGAGAAGGCCUCCGGGAAGAAGAUCCCGUAUAAGGUAGUGGCGCGAAGAGAAGGCGACGUGGCUGCCUGUUAUGCCAACCCCAGCCUGGCACGGGAGGAGCUGGGCUGGACUGCAGCCUUAGGGCUGGACAGGAUGUGUGAAGAUCUAUGGCGCUGGCAGAAGCAGAAUCCUUCAGGCUUUGGCACACAGGCCUAAGGACUCUCCUGCACCUUGCACCAGAGAAGGAAGAGAGAAACAACUGCUUGCUCUCCAGCCUCUGGCAGGAACACAGGGGCCUCAGCACCUCCCCUACCUCAAACCCCAGCUGGGCCUGCUCAGCCCACCAGGCCUGAGGCCAAGGGCUCCCUGACCAGGAGUGGGGGGUCACUGACUCUUCCCUUCCACAGGGUUCAGGAACCCAGCAGGACGACCAAGAGCGCUUGGGGGAGGCAGGGCCCUGGGAUAAGAGCCCCUCCACCAGGGCACUAAUUCCUACUGCUGUGACGGAGGUUUCCCCAGUAUUUAAAAUAAAAUGUUUUCUUAUGCUGGGGCAGAUUUUCACAGAUGGCUACUCUCUACCCCUUGGAUAGAAGCAGCCAGGCCUAAGAGUUGAAGCAGUUUCUUUAAUUUUAUCGGAAUCCAGGACACAACAAGAAAAACACCCGAAACCACAUGGAGACAGAAGACGAGACACAACUCCUCCCCCACGGCCCCCUGGCCCUAGAGCGGGGACACGGUGGGGUGACACGGCGGGGAGAGACCUUGAGCCUCAGUCCAACCCGGCAAGCUCCUGGCCUGCAGGGAAGGAGGGGAAUGGGGAGGCAGGGCCCAGCCCCCGUGUCGGGGAAACUGCUGAGGGAAGGCCCCCUUGAAGGACUGCCCCGUCGCCGACACCCCUGCCAGGGGCAGCAGCCCACAGCAGCAAGGGAGCCCGGGCCAUGGGCACAUUCAUGACUGAGAAGCAGCUGGAGUGGAGGCAGGAGAGACGGACGAUUAUCUGGGCAGAAUCAGUUGGGGGUCGGGUGGUGGUAGGCGGGGCCUGGGAGGGCCCCAUGGGCCAAACCCUGAGGUCACAGGAGGGGGCCCAAAGCGGGGCUAGUGAGUGAGG